UAAAAGGCGCCAUUUGCACCCCCACCCCGAUCGUUUAAAAACCCCUAAACCCUCAAAUCUCUCUUCACUCAAAGCUUCUUACAUUGUCAUGCGAAAAUGAUUUCUCGUGGAUACGCAACGGACACUCAGUCGAAAUCCUCCGAUAUCGCCGCCGCCGUACUCGCCGCCUCGUCGCCGCUGCAGAUCCUCGCUGCGUGCGACGCCGUUGAGUCGUUUCUACACAAGCAUACAGCUGACCAGACCCGAUGGUUCUUCUCCAUCACUUUCCCAACCCUAAUUUGUAAAAUUUUCGGCUUCGAUGAAUCUUCUUCUGCUUCAGUUGCUGUCAAGUCUAUGUCUCCUUCUGGAUGGAUAGAUAUCGCCGCUUUAUCCAAUGAUUCUCAGCUCGCAGGUAGAAUUUACAGCUUAUUAUCGCCCACUGGUGUGUUGCUAUCUUCUAUUGUGGCUGCGGAUGGGUUGUCUCUGGUUAAAUAUGUAUUUCCUGUAGAAAGGUUACCCGAAUGGGUUCGUUAUAUGCUUCAAAAUGAGAGAGAUUCUUUGGUUUUGUCUGACUUAUGCCCGUUGUUCAAAAAUAGGUUGAAGGAGGACUCAGUUAAGGGUUCUUCAUUUCAGGUUCAGUUGAAUGUGUUUGAAUAUUACAUGUUCUGGUUUGUCUAUUACCCUGUUUGUCGAGGUAACAGUGAGGGCCCUCAAACUGUAAGUGUUAGGAGAAGCAGAAGGUUUAGAUUGGAGAAUUGGGCUUAUUCGAUUCCAGGUUUGUCAAGCACCAAACGUGGGAUGGAGCAGAACAAUGAGGGCGAUUUGUAUAUGCGUCUCUUGUAUGCAUAUCUCCGUGCAUAUGUGCCUGUAGCUGAUAUGAAGGCACAUCAACCAUAUAGGAGCUCACUGCUUCACUACUCUUUUUCCUAUGGGACUCCAAUUGUUGAAAAAGCAGAGUUCUUGGUGAACACUCUCAUACAUUUUUGGUUAGUUGAUAAUGAUUUCUCACCAUUGCCUGUGAAUUUGUGCAAAUCGUUUGGUAUGACAUUCCCUUUCCGGUCAGUACUGGGUGAGAUUCCUCCUACUUCAGGAUUAGGUGAAGUAGUAAACGUGUUUGUCAAAUAUCUGAAUCUAAGUUCGAUCGCAUCAAGUGAUAGAACUGACCAGGUUGACUACACUGAAAGUCCUAAGUGGAAGGUUGGGGGGACAUUCAAUGCUUCUCAGUCAAGAAAUGCUGUUCCCUUCGUGGAUGCUGGUAAUUCUUGGAACUCGUGGAUUCAGAGGCCAUUGUACCGAUUUAUAUUGAGGACAUUCCUGUAUUGUCCAAUGGAAAGUUCUAUUAAGAAUGCAUCUCAGGUGUUCACCUUGUGGGUUAGUUACCUGGAGCCCUGGUCUAUUUCUAUGGAAGAAUUUGCAAAACUUGAUUCAGAUCUGGGGAAGUCUAAUAGAGGGACAUUAAAGGAGGUUACCCCAUCAAUGCCACAUGGUUAUACCUCUUCUUGGCAAGAUUUUGUAUUAGCUAACUACUUAUACUACAGCUCUUUGGUCAUGCAUUUUAUUGGUUUUGCCCACAAGUUUCUUCACACAGAUCCAGAAGUGAUAGUCAAGAUGGUUUCAAAGGUGAUAACAAUAUUAGCCUCAUCUACAGAACUGAUGGACCUCAUAAAAAAUGUGGAUAUUGUAUUCCAUUCGAAACCAGCUGGAUCAUCUAAAUCAAUGCUUAAUGCUUUGCAUAGAUAUGUUCCUGCUAUUCGUGAGCAAUUACAGGACUGGGAGGAUGGCUUAUCUGAGACUGAUGCUGAUGGUUCUUUUUUACACGAGAACUGGAACAAAGAUUUACGACUCUUCAGUGAUGGUGAAGAUGGUGGACAAAAGUUGCUUCAGCUGUUUGUAUUGCGAGCAGAAUCUGAACUGCAAUCAAUUGGCGGAGAAAAUCUUUCUCAAAACCUCCAGGGUUUGGAUAGACUGAAAUCCGAGCUGUGCCAGUUAUUUGGUGGCCCUAUUAUGAAUCCCUUGAGUACUCCAGAGACUGUACAAUGUGAGUACAUGCGAGAUGAAAUCUUUAAGCCCAGGAGUUUUGCAAAUAGAGCAAUGGUCGAUAUUAAAUACAAGGGUGAUUGGAUGAAGCGGCCCAUCUCAGACGAUGAAAUUGGGUGGCUGGCAAAGGUGCUUGUAAAGUUAUCAGGCUGGUUCAACGAGAGUCUUGGGUUGGGCCAAGUCGAGAGCAGCCAAGAGAGUCCUUCUUGGUCAUAUGUUGACGUGUCCAGUGAUGCAAGGAGUGUGUGCGGACCCAUGGAAGUGAUUAAAGUUGUGUUGUGCUCUUUCAUUUCCUGGCUUCUUAUGUUACGUGGAGCUGGUGUGAGGUUCAUGAGAGAGCAUGGUGUCAGGGUGAAUCUCAGGGUCUUAGCAUCAAAGAAGGUGGUAGUGGUGUUGCUUGUCAUUGCUGCUUUCAGUCUACUCAGGAGAGCUUUUUUCGGAGUUGGGUAAUGUUUACAUGGGAGAUCAAGCAACAUAACAGAAUGAACUCCUCAAAUAUAGGUCUAGGACUGAACCAAAAAAGAACAGAAAUACUCGGAGAGUGUGUGAUAGAG